AAAAAAACGAAAACCAUAUAAAAAGAAACGAUAUUGGGAGUCUCCAAUAGUAAAGAGUCGUCGUGUACAUGGUAAUUAUGCUUCGUUGUUUCCUUUGCUGCUCACGAAUAGAGAAUUGUUUACUAAUUACUUCAGAAUGUCAGCAGCACAUUUUGAAGUAUUGGUUCAGUUAGUUGGGCCUAGCACUGAAAGAACACGUGAAACCAUAGCACGUCGACCUAUAUCUGUUGGCGAGCGAUUGGCUUUGACACUAAGAUAUGUUGUUUCUGGAGACAGUAUGGUUUCAUUGUUUUCCCAAUUUCGAAUGGGAAAAUUUACUGUUUUUAAUAUAAUUUUCGAAACAUGUACAGCAUUAUGGAAUAAAUUACGAGCAUCUGUUUUAGAAUUGCCAACAACUGAAGAUUGGAAAGGAAUUGGAAGAGGAUUUGAAUCUCAGUGGAAUUUUCCUAAUUGUAUUGGUGCAAUCGAUGGAAAACACAUUCCCAUACAGGCUUCCGCGGGUGCUGGUUCUGAAUAUUAUAAUUACAAAGGAUUUCAUAGUAAAGUGUUGUUGGCUAUAUGUGAUUAUCGUUACGCAUUUACGAUGUUGGAUAUUGAAGCUACUGGGCGCCAGAGCGACGGUGGUAUUUUCUCACGAUCGAAAAUGAGAAAAUAUUUUGAAGAAGACAGAAUGGGAGUGCCAAAUCCAGUAUCUGUAUUGGACAGCGAUAAUGUUCUUCACUUUGUUGCAGUUGGAGAUCAAGCAUUUUCCUUGACAACAUAUUUAAUGACACCUUAUCCUGAAAAUAACAAAUUGUCACUUGAUUAAAGAAUUUUUAACUACCGUUUAUCGAGAGCUCGAAGAAUUAUUGAAAAUACAUUUGGAAUUCUUACUGCAAAAUGGAGAAUACUUCGAAAAACAAUAGGCGCAAAUAUAGAAACAAUUGAAGCUAUUGUAAAAGCAACGAUAUGUCUCCAUAAUUAUUUAAUAAAAAAGGAAGAGUCGACAUAUUUUUGCAAGUCAAUGGUAGAUAGAGAAACAAAAAAUGGAGAUGUAAUUCCAGGUAUUUGACAAAAUAAUACAUCUGAAAAUAAUUUAUUUCAAAAUUUAAAUCAACCAAAUCAAGCAGUAUUAAGUCGAGAAGCUUUACAAGUACGAAAAAAGUUCACAAAGUUUUUCGCCAAUGAAGAAGUAGUACCUUGGCAAUUUCGCCAAAUUUAUCGUUAAUAAUGCAAUUGACUAAAUUAAAGAAAAUAAAUUUUUUCACACACAUUUUUUUAUUUUGAAA